CUGGGCUGAGGCCAAUUAUUUUUUUCUUUUCACCCAACUCCCCACACUUUUUAUAUACAUUAAAAAAUGCUUCGUACUGCCGUCACCAACAUUGCUCGUGCCACUGCUGUCCGUUCAGUUGGCAAUGUGUCUCGUCCCAUGAUCAUGGGUAAGCGUUUUUACUCUGCUGGCCAUGAAGAUGAGAGCUUCGAGUCCUUCAACGCACGUUAUGUCAAGUUCUUUGAUAAUGUUGAAGAUCUCUUUGAACUCCAACGUGGAUUGAACAAUGCUUUUGCUUACGAUCUUGUUCCUGCCACUUCAGUCAUCGAGUCUGCCUUGAAGGCUUCUCGUCGUGUCAAUGAUUUUGCUACCGGUGUUCGUGUUUUCGAAGGCCUCAAGGAUAAGGUUGACAGCGAGAGCCAAUACGAACAAUAUCUUGUUGAAUUAGAACCUAUUCGUAAGGAAUUAGGUCUCUUGACCAAGGAAGAGCUUGCUCUUUAAAUUUUUGUUUUUUUUUUCUUCCGAAAAAACUCGCCUUCUUCCCUUUCCUCCCCCACCCUUUAGAUUUGCAACCCUAAAAUAAAGCUCUAUUUCUACGUCCCAUUUACCAAAAUAUCUACAAUUCUAUGAAUAAAUUAAGAAACAUUCGUAAUCAAUCUAAUGGCCGCCCCUCUUUUUUACGGUUUCCGUGAAAGAAUUAACGCAUCCAGAUAUACUGUACGUAGUACAACAGGUCUCCGCCGUACUCUUUUACAAAAACGAUUAUACACCGAAAAAAAACCA